GAUGGCUGCAUUUUAUGGUAAAGUCAGUGGCAUUGCUGUAGCAGCCUUCCUUUCUUUUAAAUCGUUGCAAACGAUAUCUAAACGCCGCAGAGACGUACUUUUAGCAAAGGAAAUACAAGAUGACUAUCAGUUAGUUCAUAUACAAGUAGCUUUUCGACACGGUGCUAGGACUCCCAUCUUCCCGCUUCCAGAUAUGAAGGACUUCAAKCCUGAAACCAUCAUCUGGGAUAGAAACAUUUUACAAGGAGAUAUUUCUCAUACUCUAGUUAAUUAUAGAGUCAAGAGUAUGGAUGGCGGAAAGAGACCAGAAUCAAAUUAUGAUAAGAAACAGCAAAAAGCAGUUUGGCCAGGUGGAACGGAAGCAGGAAUUCUAACCACAGUGGGYCAGCAACAAAUGUAUGAGCUUGGCAAAAGACUUCAUCAAAGAUAUAUCAAAGACAUUCAGUUCUUGCAACCAAUUAUGACUCCUCAUGAAGUCUAUGUUAGAACUAGUAAUAUAGAGAGAACUGUCCUUUCUGCAAGGUGUGUAUUGGCUGGAUUGUAUGGGCAACAAAAUAUCAAUGGGGUAGUAACUAUGGUUACACAAUCAGAGAAAGAUGAAACAAUCUAUCCAAAUAUGAUGAGUUGUUUUGCUCUAACUAAGUGGGCAAAGAUGGCAAUGAGAUCAGAUGCYCUUUCAAGCCAUGAAUACAAGAAGAAUCGUUUGUCUAUAAUGGAGGAUCUUGGUAUUACAGAUAAGAAAUUUGGUUUUGUGGUUUUGAGGGACUAUAUGGCUGCACAAGAGGCCCAUAAGAUGCCUAUCUCUCCUGUUUUGUUAAAACAUAAAGAUAUCAUUGAAAAGCAUGCUCUUGAGGAGCUUCUGUCAAUACAGUGUGGUCACCCGCAUGGAAGACAUGAAGUUCUUCGUCUUGGGGUUGGAAAAGUAUUAGAGGAUUUUGUAGAUCGUAUGAAGGAUAAGAUAUCUCAAAAAAGUCAUACACAAAACAAGAUAUGCCUGUAUUCUGUACAUGACACGACAUUAGUAUGCUUAAUGGUGUCUCUUGGCUUGGAGGUCAACAAAUGGGUAGACUUUGCUGCAGAUUUGGCACUGGAACUCUAUAAAAACAAGAAUGAUGAAUAUUUUGUAAAGGUCUUACUUCAAGGAAAGGAACAAGUACUUCCUGGAGUGAACACCACAAUAUGUCCAUUCGAAAAGUUCCGUAAAAUAGCAAGCCCAUAUUCCGUGGAUGAUUGGCAUAAAGAAUGCAGUAAGACACAUCAAUAACACGAGGUGUGAUUGGAUCGACUCCUUUGAGCUUGGGCUUCCUGUUUGAAGUAUUACUGCGGGAGACUAGGUUCCUCUUUGUAAUUGAACAAUAAUUGAAAUGAUGAUAAUUGAAAUGAUUGAUUCGUUUUGAAUUGAGAAAUAGGGGUACAAAAAAAAAAACCCUGCACUCCAUACAUGUAACGAUGUGACGGAUGUAACGUCAAGAUCAGUUUCAUCUGGGGGGAGGGGAGGGGGUUCUUGGGAGGUUGAACCGCUGCAAUCACAUGGAAUGCAUGAUCGUAAAUAAUGGUCAGGUAUGGGGUAAAAAUCGUUUAAAUAAAUAACCAUCUAUAGCU